GUAAUAUCUGCAAGAUAUUGAAUUUCGACUGUUUUGUUUUUUAGCACUACCCAAAUUACUAGCUAUAAAAAGCCUUGAUUUCGUGACUUUUUGAAAUCACAACACAAUGUCAGAUUAUUGCAUCUCGGUAUGCGGAUUUUAUGCUAUCAUUUUCCCAAGCUAAGUGACGACUUUAAAGGUUAUCCUGUGGACAAAUUUUGUAUUUCUUCCCGUUAUGAUGGGUGCAUGGAUUAUGUCCUUAUACCGAAUGGUAUGGUUAAAGACAGGCUGGAAAAAAUGGCGAUGGACAUUGUGAAUUUUUAUGAAGCAUCAAGCGCAAAAUCGAUCACACUUAUGUGUGUCCUUAAAGGUGGAUUUAAAUUUCUUGCCGAUCUUGUUGAUGGACUGGAAAGAACUGUCCGUGCAAGAGGCAUUGUCAUGCCCAUGACUGUUGAGUUUAUUCGUAUUAAAAGUUAUGUCAAUGAUGCCAGCACCUACGAGCCGAUAAUAACGGGUUUGGAAAAUCCUUCAGAAUACAAAGAUAAGGAUAUUCUUGUUGUUGAGGACAUUGUGGACACCGGCAGAACAAUGAAAAAGCUUAUGAGUCAUUUACAGAGUUUUUCAACGAGGAGUGUUAAAGUUGCCACCCUGCUUGUUAAGCGUAAACCAGAUGGUAUCACCUAUCGACCGGAUUUUGCAGGAUUUGAAGUUCCCAACCGAUUUGUUGUUGGCUAUGCUUUCGAUUAUAAUGAACAUUUCCGGGAUAUACAGCAUAUUUGUGUGAUCAACGAGAAAGGUCAACAGAAAUUCUCUUUACCUUCCGUACCAAAUGCUCUGUAAAGUUUAACAUUAGGGUAUCAAAGAAUGGAAUUUCAAUGAAGUCACCAAAAAUACUUCUUUGAGUUUCUUCUCUGAAUCUAUAUACACUCACAUGAAUACGCGCCAAAUUUGUUAUUUGUACCACAGUUUUCUAUACAUCCGUAGUCCAUUUUUAAAAAUUCCAAUGUAUCAUUCAUAAAUUUGUAUUGUAUUCAUUCAACUUCACUAUGCGCACGUAUCCAUUUCUAUAAUUUUGUAAACCCGUAGUCAUAUUCAUUAUUUGGCGAAUAAAGAAUUUUGAUAGUACUCAAUUUAUAUGUAGAUUUUCAGUCAAAUAAAAUAAAUUAGAGAUUAAAUCCUU